AUGAUGUCCUCCAACUUACUAUCACGCUUCCUCCCCCCAACGGGAUCUCCUUCAGUCUACGAAACCAUCCGCCAACAUGACGCCGAAUCAGAAUCCUCCGAUAUCGAAGAACGGGCGGGCUUGGGGUUCGAUGGCCAGCAAGGACACUUCAGUGACCGAGAGCUGGAGGAUGCUCUGGCCGAUGCACAAGACAGUGAAGUAGUCGGUCCAAGCAGAGCACUCUUGGAUCAAGCUCACAGGGGCAAGACCCCUGAGCGGACCUCGCCCUCGAGCACACGCCGUCGCAGGGCGUCCCGGCCUAGAUGGAUGGCACAGGACUCGUUGGGGUAUGAGCUUGAAGAGAAUGAUGACGAGGAUGUUCCUCAGUCUCUGUUGGUGGAAGGUCAUCACGAAGAUGUGAGGUCGCGCUUACCUCCUCCCCCUCGACCUCAUGGUCGCUCAACCCGCCAGAGGGUCCCCAGUCCCGAUCCCCCUCCGCAGCCUACGAGACCUCACUGGGGUGAGCCCCCUCAUCAACCACCCAGCGAUAAUGGACAUCCUAUAUCGAAAUGGUUCUCUGGCCAACACCCAGGCCUUGCCAAUAUUGACCCGGCAAAAAAGGCAAUGUGGCGGUGGGCGAACGUGGAAGAUCUGGACAACUUUUUGAAAGACGUCUAUGUCUACUUUCUAGGAAACGGGAUUUGGUCCAUCCUGUUGACGAGGGUACUGAAUCUCUUGACAUUCGCCUUCGUUGUUGGCUUUUCAACCUUCUUGACAAACUGUAUUGAUUACUCAAAGGUUCGACGGAGUAAGACUCUGGAUGACAUCCUCGUACCCAAGUGCACAGCAAAUAUGUCUGGCUCGACCACAUUUCUAUUGUGGCUUGCCAGCUUUUUCUGGAUUGUCAAGCUCUUUCAACACGUGUUAGAUAUUCGCAGGCUCAAACACCUGCAUGACUUUUAUCUAUACCUACUCCAUGUCUCUGAUGCGGAAGUGCAGACAAUAUCCUGGCAAGAAGUUGUCAGUCGAUUAAUGGCACUGAGAGACUCGAAUCCAUCUACCGCAGCGGCGGUUUCUGCCAAACAUCGGAAAUUCCUGGGAAGUCAGUCAAAGCAGCGCAUGGACGCCCACGAUAUUGCUAAUCGCUUGAUGCGCAAAGAAAACUACGUGAUUGCGUUGGUAAAUAAGGACAUACUGGACCUCACCCUCCCAAUCCCCUUCCUCGGUAACCGCCAGCUGUUCUCCCGGACCAUGGAAUGGAAUCUCAACCUCUGUGUCAUGGACUAUGUCUUCGACGAACAGGGCCAGCUGAGAACGUUGUUCCUCAAAGACACUCAUAGAAGAGCGCUUAGCGAUGCUUUGCGUCGGCGCUUUGCCAUCGCUGGCAUCAUGAACAUUUUCGUAGCGCCGUUCAUUGUGGUUUACUUCACAAUGCAUUACUUCUUUCGAUACUUCAACGAGUUCAAGAAGAACCCAGGACAAAUCGGUUCCCGUCAAUACACUCCCAUAGCGGAGUGGAAAUUCCGCGAGUUCAACGAGCUCUGGCAUCUCUUUGAACGUCGAACCAAUAUGUCCUAUCCAUUUGCUAGCCGCUAUAUCGACCAAUUCCCCAAGGACAAGACAGUGCAAGCGGCACGGUUCGUUGCGUUCAUCUCUGGAGCUCUUGCCUCCGUGCUUGCCCUCGCUUCAGUGAUAGACCCGGAACUCUUCCUUGGCUUUGAAAUAACCCCCGAUAGAACGGUCCUAUUCUACCUUGGCAUUUUCGGUACGGUCUGGGCAUUCGCACGAGGCAUGGCGCCCGAAGAGACUGACGUCUUCGACCCGGAAUAUGCACUACGCGAGCUGAUUGGUUUCACCCAUUAUUUCCCUUCCGGGUGGAAAGGCCGUCUGCAUAGCGACGACGUGCGAAGAGAGUUUGCAGUCCUCUAUCAGAUGAAAAUCGUCAUCUUCCUGGAAGAGAUAUUGAGCAUGAUUUUCACCCCUUUCGUCCUGUGGUUCAGCCUGCCGAAGUGCAGCGAUAGCAUCAUCGAUUUCUUCCGAGAGUUCACCGUGCAUGUUGACGGCGUAGGCUAUCUCUGUUCUUUCGCCGUCUUCGACUUCAAGAAGGGCUCGAACGUGAUGUCUCAGGCCGCUCCCACCCACCGGGGCCCAGGGAAGCAAGACCUGCGCACCGAUUACUUCUCAACCAAGGACGACAAGAUGCUCGCUUCGUAUUAUGGCUUCUUGGACAAUUACGGCGCCAAUCAACAACCCUCUACCCGACGACCCUUCCAACCACCACCGACUCUGCCUACGCUUGGUUCAGCCUCUGGGAUUGAUUUCGGUGCUCUUCCCGACCGGCCUGAUCCUCUCCACCCACGCCCGAGCCCGACUACGGGUGGAAUGUUCGGUCAGUCGGUGAUGGGCGCCUCUAAGUUCAGACCUAUGGGAGCCAUCGAUCAUCGCUCCCCUGCUCCCUCCAUGCUACUUGACCCACAUCACCAACCCUCUGCUUCCGGGUUUGGCCCUGCCAUCCGGAAAACACCUCAGCAAUACCAACGCUCUCGACUCGGGCGCCCUCCUCAGUCCGAUAUCAUAGACGAUGAGGAGCCUCUCUCUCAAGAGGGUCGUGAUUCCGCCACACGGUUGUCAGGUACCCGGACUGGCGCGUCCAGUGCUGGCGCUGGUACCAGCGGGAGCAACCUUGGUGAUUCCUGGCGCAUGAACCCACUGGAGCACGACGAUGGACACGCUGGUGAGGACGAAGAGGGUGAUGAUGGUGACAACAUUGAUGCCAUUGCUGGUGGAGCUGGGGUGCUCGGUCUGAUCCAGCAAUUCCAAAAGGCAAACACCGAAGGUCGACGGACCACAGUAGGAAUCUAG